UCUCUUCAUCUUCUCUGACCAAACUGAGUAGCUUAACAUCUUCACAUAAUGAGAUUCUUGGAAUUUCAUUGUGAUCCAAUGUCUGCAAUUGCAACCUUUGCAGCUAUAGCUUUAACAGUCUUUCUCAUAUUCAGAAGUUUCAUCUGCAAGAAAGGAAGGUACCAUGCGGUCGCGGGAACUAUGUUAGACCUGUUGCUCAACUUCCGCAAUCUGCACGAUUACAUGACUGAUAUUGCCAGAAAACACAAGAGCUACCGGUUGCUUUGGUUUCUCAGGAGUGAAAUUUACACUGUGGACCCUGUCAAUGUUGAAUACAUCCUCAAAACAAACUUUGCAAACUAUGAGAAGGGCUGGUACCACUAUGAGAAAUUGACAGAUCUUUUAGGUGACGGAAUAUUCUCAGUGGACGGCGAGAAGUGGCUACACCAGAGAAAGGUUGCGAGCUAUGAAAUUGGCACCAAAAUAGUGAGAGAUUUUAGCCUUGAAGUGUUCAAAUCCAAUGCAGUAAAACUUGCAGGAGUUGUUUCAAAAACAGCCAUGUCAAAUAAUGCAGUUGACUACCAAGAACUGUUUAUGAAAUCAACCUUAGACUCGGUCUUUAAGAUUGUCCUUGGAGUAGACUUGGACACCAUAUACGGAACAUACGAAGAAGGCACUCGAUUCUCCAAUGCCUUUGACGAAGCAAGUGCUAUAACGUUGUAUCGCUAUGUCGAUGUUUUAUGGAAGAUCAAGCGUUUUCUCAACAUUGGAUCAGAGGCAGUACUCAGAAACCGCAUUAAAGAGGUGGAUGAUUUUGUUUACAAACUAAUCAGAACGAAGACAGAGCAAGUGCAGAAGUCAUCACAAUCUGAUUUUCCUGAGAAAAAAGCAGAUAUGGUGUCAAGGUUUCUGGCAUUGAAUGAGACAGAUCCUAAGUACCUAAGAGACAUUAUUCUCAGCUUCGUGAUUGCAGGAAGAGAUACAACAGCUGCUACUCUUUCCUGGUUCUUUUACAUGCUAUGCAAGCAUCCUCAUAUCCAAGAAAAAGUUGUGCAUGAAGUUGGAGAAGUAACAAAGUUGAAGAACACUUGUAGUAUUGAUGAACUUGCAGAUAGCCUAACAGAUGAGGCCCUGGGAAAAAUGCACUAUUUGCAUGCAGCUUUAACUGAAACACUCAGACUUUACCCUGCCGUUCCAAUUGAUGGAAAACUUUGCUCAUCUGAUGAAACUUUACCUGAUGGAUUUAGAAUUAGGAAAGGUGAUUCUAUAUCAUAUCAGUCAUAUUCCAUGGGUAGGAUGGAAUUCAUAUGGGGUGAAGAUGCAGAGGAAUUUCGACCAGAGAGAUGGCUUGAUGAAAGUGGAACUUUUCAAGCAGAGAGUCCUUUCAAGUUCACAGCUUUUCAGGGCGGUCCAAGAAUUUGUCUGGGGAAAGAUUUUGCAUACAGGCAGAUGAAAACCUUUGCUGCUGUUCUUUGUCACAGCUACAAGUUCAAGCUGGCUGUCCAAAAUGAAUCGGUGAAUUAUAAGACUAUGCUCACUCUUCACAUUGAUGGUGGUCUUCAUCUGCAUGCUUCUCACAGAUUCGAGCUUAUGGGUUAGAAUUUGUAGCUUCUAAAAGACCAUUGGAUAAUAUGUUCUGAAUGUUUUUGGUAAAAUACAGAGUGCGUUUUAGUGUUUGGGUGAAUAAAAGACCAACUGUAGUAGGUCAGUGCUCGUUAGCUAGCAAUAUCAUUACUCAGUGUGAAUAAAGUAAUGUAGUGUGAAUAUUUUUUUGUUUAAUGUUUCAAUAAGUCUCA